AUUCCCGUUAAUUUUUUUUCGCCACGUGAGCUUCCGACUCUCAGUCUUGACUCUUCGUAGAGUAUCUCGCAAGGCGCCGCCCUCGACACCUGCAGAUCUUCCACUUUUUUCCACGAGUAUGCUGGUGCGGCUUUCAGCUCAUGAGAGACGGAACGCUUUUAGCGAGCACCUACGAGGCGCAAAUCGAUAUUCCCAUCUCGUCCACUCUUUUCGCAAAGAAAGGCUCUUUCCGCUUUAAAGGAUUUUUUCCGUCCCCAGGUUCUUGCUGGCCUUCGCCUAGCCCUCGCGCGACGGGUCUAUUGCAAGUCUGUCGUCCACCCCGUUUGUCGGUUCUGCCAGUUUGUGUACAGACACUCGAGAGCAGACACGCGGAGCCUCGUCACUGCAUCCCCUGUCGUUUUCGCUUUUCUAGGACUUUUCUGAACUUGUCCACAUUUCGCCUUUGUUCGUCUGGCGCUGCUGAGCAGCCGCGGCCAAACAGGGAUACGUUUUCAUUCACCCACCGAUCUGAGGGCGUAUUCGUAUACAUGCUUACAUAUAUAUAUAUAUAUAUAUACAUGUGUAUAUAUAUGGAUAUAUACCUAUAG